AUGCUCCCAAGACUCGUCAUUAUCGGCUCGGGCUGGGCUGGGUUCUACAUCGCUGAAAAGAUCGACUCGUCUAAGUAUGAUGUUACAACUUUGUCACCACGUCGGACGUCAGCAUACACGCCUCUCUUAGCGUCAGCAGCGUGCGGCGUGUUCAACUUCUACCUUGCCGAAGACUCUGUGAGAUCCAAAGCUCGGGUAAAGCAGCACUUCAUCAAAUCUAACGUGAUCGAUAUCGACUUCGCAAAGAAGGUCUGCCGAUGUGCUCCAGCCUUCGAAGACGACGACGAGCAGUUACCUGAAUUCGAUGUCGAAUAUGACAUCCUCAUCAUUGCUCCGGGCUGCAUACCAAACACCUUUGGAACUCCUGGAGUAGAAGAGAAUGCUGUAUUCAUGAAGAACGUCAGUGAUGCGAUGAAGGUGCGCAAAAUUCUGUUCGACCUGCUAGAGAAGGCGAACCUCCCGAACAUCAGCCCAGAGCGAGUGAAAGAGCUUCUGCACAUUGCAGUCGUAGGUGGCGGGCCUACAGGCAUCGAAAUGACUGCUGAACUUGACGAUUUGGCUCAUAAAGAGCUGAAGGGUCUUUACCCCGGAGUGGCUGACAAGCUUUCGAUUGCUAUACACGACGUGGCUCCGAACAUUUUGAGUGCCUACGACCAGAAGCUGUAUGAGUAUGCGAAUCAACAACUUGUAAACAGGAAUAUCAAAGUCCACACAAAUUCCCACAUAGAAAAGGUUAAGAAGGACUGUUUUUAUACGAAGGAGGACGGACGUAUUGGAUGUGGCAUGCUCAUCUGGGCAACGGGUAACAAGAACGUCCCUCUUCUGGAAAAGAUCGAAGUUCGCAAAACGCCAAAGGGUCUGAAGAGAGUCAUCACCGAUUCUCGCCUUCGGGUCUACCAAGCCGGGGAUGGCGACGUACUCCACGAUGGUGUAUUUGCGCUUGGAGAUGCCGGAGAUAUUCAGAACGAAUCACUCCCUACUACUGCAGAGGUGGCAGUCCAAAAAGCGAAGUACCUUGUGCAGAUCUUGAAUUUGGGUGGCGGAAACUUUCAACAACAUGAACCAUUCAAAUAUGAGCAAAAACGGUUGGUGUCUUAUAUCGGUCAAAGAGAUGGCGUAAUUGCUGGAGACAACGAGCAUGAAGCCUUGUGGAUGCAGGAUCAGCCAUAUUCGCGACUGCUGGCCAAUGUAUCCGAGUAUGUGGCUAUGGCUUAG